CGUAGGCUUGUGCCGCUCGGCUUUCUUCGGGCGCUUUUGCGCGCAAUAAAACUCAGUAAUAAAGUUGCGUACAUGCAAACGCGUUACUGAGUUUACUUGGUCGCGCACGUCUCCGCCGUAGCGUGCUCGCGACGCGAGGCGCCGCAGUCAGAACACAUACUAUCUCCAAGCUAUCGACAUUAAUUCAGUACGAGUCCGUAGCCAACAUGUGUCUCACACGCAUCGAUGCACGUUAAUGUUCCAGAGGUGCGACGAACCGAGCACGAGCAAGGAAUAGAGUAACAUUUUGAAAAGAAGUAGAACAAAAAAUACGAAAAGCAACCAAAUAAGCAAUUGCCAUCUACAAGGAUUUUUUUUGCUAUUUCACAUUCUGACAUUUUAUUGGAUAUUGGAUUUUAUUGGAAGCUGACGCUAGAACAAGAGCUGCAAAUAAAUCUAAGAGAUUGAUUCUCCCAAAGGAAUUAACUUUUAGUGAUAAAAAUGGAAAACUAUGUGAUGAAAACAGCAAAGUGGAACCACAAAAUGGUAAAAUAAUCAAGAAUAUAGUACAAAAAGUUAACUCGCAAAGAACAAUGGAUAAGUAUAAACUUCGUUCUUCUGAACGAUCAAUUAAUUUUCAGUAAAAUAAAAUUUCAAAAAGAUAAAACUAGACGUAAAUUGGAACAUUAUAUUUCGUUACCUAUUUGUUCGACACCUAAAAAAAGAAUAGAAAGAUUUUCAAAUUCAUAUAACGAGUAUAUUUCUCGAAAUUUCUCACCUAAAUCUGUACGUACCAUCUUCUCGGCAACGAACUGACCAAGCAGGGUUUUCAAAAUCACAGCAAUUAGUCAGCACAUUUCGCAACCGAAAGUUUGUCAACAUAUUUCGUUGUUAGUUAGAGAUAAAAGUUUAGUUUUACCGAUCUCGCAGCUGUCACCGAUAUUGGCAGGGUCUCAAGUGAAUGAAUCUGAAACUGUCAAAAUCAAAUAACCAGAUGCCAUGUGUUUCUGAUUCACAAAUCCCGCUGGGUUCGGAAAUUGCUAGUUCUUCAGAAGAUUCGCAUCCGAAAAAUCAGAUACGUUCGCAAAAAGGAUUUCCAGGACAUUCGUUUUCGCUAGCAAGCUCUAUAAAAGAUUUGCUUCCAGGAGGUUCACAUUCUAGGAAUGCUUCGGGUUUGGCAGUAUUGCCUGAAGAAGGUUCACUUUCGAAGACUUCUUCGCUUUUGUUACCGGUAAAUUCACGAGGAUCAAGACGAAGGAUUUCUUCGAAUUCACCAUUGGGGUCUUUAAGAAGUGCGCGUUCGUUUUUGAAAAAUCUGGAUACAGUUGAAACUCCAGAACGAUCACGUUCAAGGACUCCGCUACCAGACUCACCAGGAGGUUUGCCUGCGAGAUCUCUUUCACGUUCGUCAGAAGAUUCUUUAAAAGGAACAAGGCAUGAUAAAAGUAUUUCAAAACAAUCAGCUACAAAUGGUCAAAUUAAAAGGUCAGGUCCACGUUCUCGAACUCAACAAAAGCCUACGGAAAUAUCAGGAAAAAGACCAGGUCUACGUUCUAGAACUCAAGAGAAGCCUACGGAAAUAUCAGGAAAUAGAUCAGGUCCACUUUCUCGGACGCAUCAAGAUCCAAAUCUAUUGAACAGCCUGGACAGUAUCCUGAGUCAGAAGGUCCGCAAGAUGAUAAUCAAGAUUUGGAAGUUUCUGCAGCAAGCGAAGACUCUGCUGUACCAAUGCUUGAGCAGUACAAACCAAAAUUAUACAAAAAGUAUGAAAAAUUGAGAUACAAUUUGUACUCUGUGAUUCCCAAAAGACACGAACGAUACGAGAUUGUUAGAAAUAAGGUAUAUCUGGGUGAAUCUGUUAGAGUUGGACAAAAAUCAUGGCGAAUCAUGAAAAGCAGACGACGAAAUG